AUGCUGACGAAACCUGUGCGUGUGCUAAGUGAACGCAUUAUGAGCCGUGGCUUUGAGCCUACAGUCGUGCGUUUAAUGGAAAAUGUGCAAAAGGUGGUACGGGCGCAACCUGGACUGAUCUCAUUGGAAUCACUAAGUGAUGUGAAUAAUCACCAUAAAUACGUGAUGCUAUCAGAAUGGAAAUCACUUCAGGACUACAAUGCGUGGACGUCAAGUGAGGCUUACAAACAAUGUACGGAUCAGAUUAAUGAAGUACUGGAUGUACCUGGUAAGCAAACGACUAUCUACCAGCAGCCCAAAGAUGAUAUUUUCCUUUUGUAA